UAUUUUCGUACAUAACACUGCAUGAGUACACCUAGUUUCUGUCAUGAAGUGAUAACGGAAAACAAAUAUGGAGCAAAACCGAAAAGAGUCACAAAAAUUCACCUGUUAUUUUUGCAAUAAAACUAUCGAAAAUGAAACGGCCACGGGACACACAGCCGUGUGUGGUAACGUUUUGGUACCUUGUCCUAAUAAGUGUGGAUCCUACAUUCGAAGAUUGGACCUUAGAAAGCACGACAGAGAAUGUGUUAAUAGAACUAUGAAGUCUCCUCCAAGAUUUUUCAAAUCUAACGAAUAUGCUCUAAUAGAUGGACCAAAUGUAACACAAGUUACAUCAUCCCUAGGUAGAAAUGGCAUGACAAAAACUGAUUCUCGAGUCCAAGAAGAAAUUCACAAGCUCUCUAGAAAACUUUCAGACCUCGAAAUACACGUCGCAAAAUCACAAGUCACUAACCAAACCUAUGAGACUCUUAAAAACAAUUUGAUGCAACAAAACCUAGACCUAGAGAAAUUGAAAUACCAGUCCAAACUAUCCUUUGAUUGGAAGAAUAAUACCGAAAUAGCUCUGAAUAAUAUUAAACAAUCCCUUUCUUCGAUCCAGCAUUCAAAAAGGGAAACUGACUCGAAUGUUGCAGGUCUACAGAAUCGAUUGGGUAUUCUGGAAAGAAUGUUGGAUCAAGUGAACUACCUCAAAGACUCUUUUUUCAGGGAACAAGCGUUCAAUAGGCAAGUGGAUGCGAAUUUUGAACAGAACAUAAACGACGUAAAGAGUCACUUUUCUCAAGAAAACGCACUUACUUUAGCCAUUUUGAAUGACGUCAAAGACACUACUGAAACUUUUCGGGAAGAAAUCAGUAAACUCAAAAAUGGUUUAGACGAACACACCGCUAAAUUCACGAAUAUUAUUUUCGAUCUGAGAGCCGCUAGUCAAAUUGCCUCAGAAGCAUUAGAGAAGCUUGAAAUUCAUGAAAGAGAAUGUCAGGAAAUGAAAAAGGAGUUGAAUCAAUUGAAGUUGGAUGUAGAAAUACUUGAGGGGCUGUCUUGUUCGAAUGAACUCACUAGUAGACCAGGAAGACUACUUUGGAAGGUAACAGAUGUCGAAACAAAAAUGAUGAAAGCUAAGGAAUUUGGAAGUGUAGCCAAAAGCCCAAUAUUUUAUUCGCACGAUUAUGAUUAUAGAAUUAGGGUCCUGAUGUAUAUGAAUGGGCUGAAGAAAUGGAAAGAUAGAUAUGCACUGUUAUGCAUUCAUGUACUCAAAGGAGAGUACGAUAUGCUAUUGAGGUGGCCGUGUCAUAUCGAAGGAACUAUCACAAUAAGAGAUUUGAAAGACUUAGACAAGCCCAAACCAUUCUCGAAAUACAUCAACGCAAAAAGACAUGCAGGUGAUGAAGAGAGUGAGGAACCUCAAGAGUCGUCUUCAUCAUAUAUCUUCAUUCCACAUUCAACUCUACUGAAGUCGGGUCACUUGCAAGAAGAUACUCUCUUUAUUGAUGUCAAGAUACAGCAGAAUGGAAAACAAGAAACCAGUUUGUGAAAUGGUUGAAUACUUUUUUGUACCUGAUAUUCAUCGAUAUACUUCCAUUACGCUAUUUAUUUAUGUAUAUAUUGUUAGAAAAUUGAUAAAGUGAAAUUAUAAACGUAAAGAUCCAUAUAAACAA